AAACCAAAACCUCACACAGUCGCAACUCACACACACUUCUAAAAUAUAGAAAGCACACGGAAAAACAAUGGACACCAUCAAGUCCUUCAAGGGCUACGGCAAAGUCGAUGAGGCCGAGCAACAAGCCUAUCAGAAGAAGACACGUAAGCGAAUUAUAAUCCUAAUCGUCUCAUCACUAAUCCUCUCAGCGGCGAUUAUUGCCGCAGUGGCAGGAAUCGUCAUACACAACCGCAACACCAAAUCAUCAUCAUCAUCUUCUAACUCGGUCCCAACACCCGAGUUAACUCCGGCCGCGUCACUCAAAGCGGUUUGCGAUGUGACUCAGUACCCUAACUCGUGCUUCUCCGCCAUUUCCGCCGUCGCAAACACCAACACUACUGAUCCCAAGCUCCUCUUCCGCCUCUCCCUCCGCGUCGCCAUUGACGAGCUCUCCAAGCUCGCGAAGCAGCUUCCCUCCAAGCUUCGCGAAUCUACGAAGAACGAUUCACGACUCCAAAAGGCGAUCGAUGUGUGCGAAACCGUGGCGGGGAAGAUAACCGAUCUGGAAACAUGGCUGAGCGCGGCGAUAACGAACCAGGAAACGUGCAUUGACGCGAUCUCCGAUGUGGAUUCCACCGCUGAGCACGGCGUUGUCGGAGAAGUUCAAACGGCGAUGAAGAACUCUACAGAGUACGCGAGCAACAGCUUGGCGAUUGUGACGAGGAUCUUAGGGCUGAUUUCGAAGUUCGAUUCGCCGGUGCACCGGCGGCGGUUACUCGGGUUUCCGGAGUGGGUGACGGCGGCGGAUAGGAGGCUGCUGGCGGGGAAUGUGAACGAAACGGAGACUCAUGUGGUGGUGGCGCAGGACGGAAGCGGUGACUACACCACCAUCACGGCGGCGGUGAAUGCCGUGAAGAAGAAGAGCUUGAAGAGGCACGUGAUUUACGUGAAGACAGGAAUUUACAGAGAGAACAUCGAUUUGGAUAAGAACACUUGGAAUGUGAUGAUCUACGGUGAUGGUAAGACGAAAACCAUCGUCACAGGUAACCGGAACUUCAUCGACGGCGUUCCUACAUUUGAGACUGCCACUUUCGCCGUUAAAGGAAAGGGAUUCAUAGCUAGAGACAUAGGUUUCAUAAACACCGCAGGCGCAUCGAAGCACCAAGCUGUGGCGCUCCGGUCCGGCUCAGACCGCUCCGUGUUCUACCGGUGCUCAUUCAUUGGCUACCAAGACACCCUAUAUGCCCACUCCAACCGCCAAUUCUACCGUGAAUGUGACAUCACAGGCACCAUAGACUUCAUAUUUGGCAAUGCAGCAGUUGUAUUCCAAAGCUGCAAGAUCAUGCCAAGGCAGCCACUCCCAAACCAGUUCAAUACCAUUACAGCCCAAGGAAAGAAGGACCCUAACCAGAACACUGGCAUUGUGAUCCAGAAAUCCACAAUCACUACCCUUGAUAAGGACAAUCUCACUCUCACUGCCCCAACAUACCUUGGUAGGCCAUGGAAAGAUUACUCCACCACUGUGAUCAUGCAAUCUGAGAUUGGCUCAUUCUUGAAGCCAAUUGGGUGGAUAAGUUGGAUACCCAAUGUAGAACCUCCUAAUACCAUUUUCUAUGCUGAGUACCAGAACAGUGGGCCUGGGUCAGAUGUGGCCCAGAGGGUUAAAUGGGCUGGGUACAAGCCCACUCUCACUGAUCUUGAUGCAGGAAAGUACACGGUCCAGUCAUUCAUUCAAGGCCAAGAGUGGCUUAAAGAUGCUUCUGUAGAAUUUGAGUCUACUUUAUGAUUCUGAUACUGUAUCAUACAACAUUAUAGAGAGCAUAGCAUCAACUACUAAUCUUAUUUUUCUCA